AUGCUGCGGCUACUGCUCCUCCUGCUGCUACUGCUUUUGGUCUUCAUGAAAAAGUACCGCUCGUUCAAUAUUUGCAAUAUUUCAUCGUCUGUAUGUGUACCACUCAGUGAUCUCAAGCCAAACUGUACUUGCAUUCUGUUAAGCAGUCCGAUAAAUGUGACCAAUGAAACAAAUUUGUACUUCGACUGGAUGAAAAUUCCACUGGAAUUUUUCAAGCUUCAGCAACUUCCCGAUCCACUGAUUGCUCGUCUACAGAAAAGAAUCCCAAAAACUUAUGAAAUUGAUGAAUUUCUGGAUCUUUCACCUGUCCUCUACGGCAAUAUUAUCAUUGACGAGUAUUUCUGGUUCCUUACAGCGCAAGUCUCCGAUGUUGCAAACGUUCUGGAUGCCAUCGCACGAACCGGUGGUGCCUUUGUUGAUUUCCAGCUGCUAGCCAAUAUCGAUCAAAGUGAAUCGAUCGGCGAUUGGUGCGGUUCGGAUGGCGAUUGUCGAAUUUUCACCGAAUCAUCAUCGCUCUAUAAUUCCACAACAGGAACAUACUCGACCACAGUGCUUUUUGUGGCGGUCGUCAGCGAGCAUGAAUUUUCGAUUAUUGCAAUAAGCAUUGUUGAAGGACAAUUUAUCGUGCCAAAAUUACUCUCGGCAGUGUGCGCUCGCAAAUGUCAAGUGAGAAAUCCCGUUAUCAAGGAACAGUGCCGUCGGAAUUGUAAUGACAAGUAUGUUUUGAUGCCAAAACAACCAAAAUUGCUGGGGGUAAUCGGUGUAGGGAAAGUGAUAUCUAUUAGUGAUAAUCCUCGUGAACAGCUUGUAAACAAGAAAGAGCUAACAGUUCCGAUAGUAGCUGAUCAGCAACCAAAUAAUUCCCCAUUUCCCCCGAAUGCUGCUACUCCUCUCUUCACCUAG